AUGAGCUCCACAUGCACAAACCGCGGCAGCAUCGAGGACACCUCAAACCUCGACCACCCCGAAACAUCCAAGUUCACGGCGUCGGCUACAUCAGCUCCCACCUCAUCGCACAGCCGCCUUCUCGACCUUCCAGCCGAGCUUCGAGAAAAAACAUACGCCUACAUAUUCGGUCCAUCCCCCCGCGCAAUCACCGCCAGCAAAGAGACCAGCGUCCGGGCUUCAGUGCGCUGCUUCACGACUCCAUCCCCCUACUAUCCCGGCUAUGCAAUCAUCGGUCUGCCCAAACGGUUGCUAGCCAACAAACAGAUCCACGCUGAAGCGAUGGAUGUGUUCCGUCGAUGGCGUACUCUGACUUACGGUGGAAGCGGCAAUAUUGAUAGCGUUGCGUUCCAGCCUGGUCGUACUGUGCAGCCCAAGCUGCGCACACCUUUUCGUCUCGAUUACACUCCAGGCGAAGUUGCAAGUUUCUUCGAAAAGGCGAGGGAGGAUGACGGUAAGUUUCUCGAUUGUAUUCGUCGUGGACUCGGUGAGAACGCGUGUUUGGACUUAUACUGGGAUCGCAUGUGGUGUGGACGUGAGUACAUCCACCCUCACUGUAGGGAGUGGCUGGACGGCGAAGAAGAGAUGGUGGAUUAUUUUGAUGAGAGGUGGAGUGGGCGGUUCCGUAAGGUUUGCGUUCAUGUUAGAUAUGGAGGAACGGAGUGGCCCUUCGCGCAAAAGAUGUUGAAGACUGCUAGGGAAGGCUCACGGCGACUCGUGGGUAUCACUGCAGGAGAGGACGAAGGCGCGCGUUGGACUAGGAAGGAGUUGGCACCGCCGGUUAGUCCUAUUUACCUCUGCGAUUGGGAGUCGACGUUGGUGAUCGAGCGGAAAAUUUGAGAUGCUGGCUUGGCUGCGCGAGAUGGAUAGUUUGGAGGUUUUGAUAUCCGGUACCAGAAUCCAAUCCCAAAGCAUGUAUAUCUUGUGUACAAGCUCCCUCAUACAACAAACCUUUCCAUCAGUGGAAGCCGCUGCCGCAGGAUGGCGGCUUAUAAUUAAUCUUGGAAGCAAGGGGCUCUAAGUACAAAUAGCACUCCUGAGCUUUAAAAGAGAAGCCUGCGAAACGAUAAGGGACUUUCGCCG